AUGUUCGACGUCGUCGUUAUCGGUGCUGGCAUGGCCGGCCUCCAAGCUGCAUAUUCCGCGAAACAAGCAGGUCUGUCCAUCGUCGUUCUCGAGGCAAGAGACCGUGUCGGAGGCAAAGUCUGGAGCAUUCCCCUAGCAUCCGGAAAGGGCGUCGCCGAUCUUGGAGCCGCCUGGAUAAACGACAAGCUGCAACCCCGCGUCACGGCCUACGUUCGCCAAUUCGGGCUGGACACAACCGUGCAAGCCAUCGACGGGGUCGCCAUCAUGCAAGUAUCAGAGGACCAGCGGCUCGAGUUCCCCUUUGGCAUCGUGCCUGAUUUUCCAGAAGAAGAGAAGCAGAACCUGAUCAGAAUCCGCGACCAUAUCGAAACUGUCGCAACCAGGAAGGAAGCCCCUCGAUCCGAGGAUGAUGAGAUCUCGCUCGACACAUACGUCCGCAACCUCGGCGCGAACGACAAGACCGCCAAGAUGGUCAACAUCUGGGCGCGCGCCAUGCAUGGUCUGGAAUCCACGCAGGAAUCGGCUGCCUACUUCAUCGAUUACUGCCGUAGUAACCACGGUCUUCUCGCCAUCCGAGCGGAUGAUCAGACUGGUGGUAACUAUAUGCGUCUUCAAGGAGGGACAAUGCAGAUCGCUCGCGGUAUGGCUGGCCUGGUUGGGGAGGAGAACAUCUUCCUUUCCGAGCCCGUGGCGUCGAUCCAUGACCAUAACACACAGGUCGCGGUCACUACCACAACGGGAAAGAUUUUCAGAGCACGAAAGUGCAUCAUAUCUGUGCCCAGUGCCUUGCUGAAGGACCUCAAGUUCACGCCCAGCCUCCCGGCUCCCGUCCAGCAAAUCGCCAACUCUUCCCGGCUUGGAAAUUACAACAAAGCCAUUCUUUUCUACGACAAGCCCUGGUGGGAAGAUCUCGGAUACAACGGUUUCUUCUUCAGCUACGUCGGCCCGAUCAGUAUCGCCCGGAACUCAAGCGUGCCCGAGAAGGGCCACUAUGCGCUGACGUGCUUCAUCAACGGAGACCCCGGUGAGGCAUGGAGCAAGCUGCCCGCCCACGAGCGUCGGCAUGCAGUAUUGAAUCAGCUGGCUUCUGUCUACAAGGCCGGGAAGGACUCCGAUCUUUGGCGCCCCCUGGAGAUAUUCGAGCAGAUUUGGAAGCAUGAGCAGUACAGCCAGGGCGCUCUGGCUCCUAUUCCUGCUCUGGGGCACUAUACCAAGUUCGCGUCUGUCUAUGGGAAGUCGGUGGGAAACUUACACUUCGUCGGGACGGAGUAUGCGAACCAUUGGAAGGGUUACAUGGAAGGUGCCCUGACAUCGGGGGCUGAGGGCGCACGCGAAGUUGUAGAUGCCAUUCGACACAAUCCGAAGGCUCAUUUGUAG